ACAGAGCUAAUCUGGCAGAGUUUGCGUGAGAGCAACACCCUUCCCUUCUCUCCCUCUGCAUUGUCCCAACUGCAAUAAACAGUGGCCUCCAGGUAUUUUCUUUCCGUCUCCCUGGCGACAAGUGAGAGAUCACUUUACAGCUGAGCCACUAGUCUCAGGGCCGGAGCGGGUGGAGUUUGCUGACAGUUUGCUCGCUGCUGGACUCCACCUUCACCGCAGUUUCUGCCUGGAUGUCAGCGGCAGGGACAUCCGCCGGUGCUAAAUGAGAGUCUUCGAAAAAUGGCCCAAUUAUAUGAAGAAAACAGAUGGUGUCGAGCAGGAAGUAAAGGCACCUGGAGCUCCACAGGCUCCUAUGACAUUGAGCAACGGGACCUUGGAGAACACUGUCAGGGCCCAGGAUGGAGUUGAAGCCCCAGCUCAGACGCAGUCUCCACCCGAGCCGCCGGCCCCGGGCUCUGAGACACCACCUGGGCGCGGGAGCUGGGGCGGGAAGCACGAGUUCCUGCUGAGCUGCAUCGGGUACUGCGUGGGACUGGGCAACGUGUGGCGCUUCCCGUACCUCUGCUACCGCAACGGAGGAGGUGUGUUCCUGAUCCCCUACUGCAUCAUGAUGAUGGUGACAGGACUGCCCCUGUUCCUGAUGGAGCUCAGUCUGGGACAGUACGGAGGAGCCGGUCCCAUCACCGUGUGGAAGUGCUGCCCUCUGCUGAAAGGGAUCGGAAUCGGAAUGCUGGUGGUCGCCUCGCUGGUCUCACUUUACUACAAUGUGAUCAUUGCCUGGACCUUCUACUACCUGGGCAGCUCCUUCCAGAACCCGCUGCCCUGGUCCUGUGAUGCUCCAGCAAACAUCCAACUGUGCCGGAACUUAACUGCCAACCAGAGUGAUCAGAGUGCCAGUGAAGUCUUCUGGAACGAGCAGGUCCUGGGACUGUCGGGGAGUUCAGGGCUCGACGACCCCGGUCCCGUCCGCUGGCCACUGGCCAUCUGUCUCCUGGCGGCCUGGGUCUUCAUCUUCUUGUGUUGUCUGAAAGGCAUCCGCAGCUCAGGCAAGAUUGUCUACAUCACCGCAACGUUCCCCUACCUGGUCCUGAUUGUGCUGAUUAUCCGGGGUGCCACGCUCCAAGGAUCCCUGCAGGGAGUGAAGUUCUACCUCAGUGCCAACUGGAAACGUCUGGGCAGCGCGCAGGUGUGGAAUGAUGCCGCAUCCCAGAUAUUCUACUCCCUGGGCAUCGGAUUCGGGGGUCUGCUCUCCAUGGCAUCUUACAACAAGUUCGACAACAACGUCGUCAGGGACACUCUGAUCAUUGUGACCGGCAACUGCAUCACCAGCUUCUUUGCUGGAUUCGCCAUUUUCUCCAUCCUGGGACACAUGGCGUGGAAGAAGGGCGUGGAGGUGAGCGACGUGGCUGACUCAGGUCCCGGUCUGGCGUUCGUGGCCUACCCAGAAGCCCUGGCGCUCCUGCCUGGUUCGUUCAUCUGGUCGAUCCUGUUCUUCCUGAUGCUCUUCACCCUCGGCAUCGACACCCUGUUUGGGAACUUGGAGGGAAUCACGACUGCCAUCCUGGAUGAGUUCCCGGCGCUCCGGGAAAGGAAACGGAAGACAAUGUUCCUGGCUGUGCUCUGCUUCUCGUUCUACCUCCUGGGAUUGCUGCUUAUUACUGAGGGAGGCAUCUACUGGUUCACCCUGAUCGAUGCCUACAGCACCAGCUUCGGGCUCAUCAUCAUCACCCUCUUCAUGUGCCUGGGCAUUGCAUUCUUCUACGGAGUGAACCAGUUCUGUGAGGACAUCAUCGACAUGCUGCGCUACUGCCCGCCCUGGUGUGGCCGUCUGCUGAUCUACUUCAAGGCCUGCUGGGCCCUCCUCACUCCCCUCCUGUUGUUGUUCAUCCUGAUGUACAUCUUCAUUGAGAUGUACAACACAACCUUACACUAUGGUUCCUACGAGUAUCCAGCGUGGGGGAAGGCGCUCGGCGUGUGUCUGGGGGUGCUGUGCUGCGUACAGAUUCCCGUCUGGUCAGUGGUUGCAGUGGUGAAGGAGUCAGGAACGCUGCGAGAUCGGUUUCGGAAGGCCAUCCGGCCCCUGAACUCCUGGAAGGUGACAGGAGGGGACCGGACCUUCACCCAGGACACUGUCGACGUGCCCUUCUCCGUCACACUGACCGACCACGACUUCACCGAGGCCCAGGCGUGAGGUGCCCCCUCUCCCGGUGGCAGAGGGGACCUCGCCCAGCGGGGGUGUGGGGUCUCUGGCCCAGACCAAAGCUCCUGACUUGCAGUGAGGGUGUGGAAUGGGGUCCAUGGGGGCAGUGCACGCCGUGUGCGGCAAGGACCUUCCUGGUACCGCUGGUCAGCGCUCGCUCACACCCCUCCCCACCUCCGAAUCCGGCGAGGCCGCACUCCCUCAUCCACUCACUAUCACUGCCCUAGGAGCACUCAGCCUCGGGAAGGAAGCGGCUGUUGCCAUGGCAACACGCAGGGGUCGACUGGGAGCCGGCCACACUGCCCACACUGUCACUGUCCACGUCAACCGGUCCCAACAGCUGACCCUUGGCACCCACCCCUCCCCUCCCACUCCCUGACCUGUCCCCAGGUGAGGGGGGUCUCAGCUGUAAUGUACCAAGCACAAAUGUUCGCAGCAAGCUGCAUAGACGUCAGCAAUUGGAUUAUUUCCCACUUGUGGGGCCAGGAUGCUCAGACACCCCCUCCCCAUCUCCCACCGACCACUGCCAGGUCCUUCCUGUUCACCUGAGACUAUCAGCAGGGUCUGCGAUUCACCUCUGAUCAGUACC